CGUUUGUUCAUCGAUUGAAUUUUUUGACGCGACGCGUUUGGUAGAUCAGCUGACUUGCAAAUUCGCCGUGUUUCUUCGAUAAGACCGGAAUACUGAAGCAAGAGAUGGUACAAAGGUUACCGUGAAUUUUGCCGUAAAAAGAAUUUCAUGGAACAGGAGAGGCGCAUUAAUUAAACGGGCCGUUUGUCUCUCAGCUUGUCAAGAGAUAGGUUAUUUAAUUAACAAGGUACAAGAAAGAAAAGUUACUUUUCCCAAUCUUGUUAAUUCAGAAUCUCAUCAACAUGGCAUAUCUGACUGGGAAGAUCCUCAGUUUAGUGAUCUCUGCGAUCAAGAACCUUCGCGAGCUCAAAGGAUCUACAACGCGAGAAAUUCUUCACUAUAUCACAUCUGUUUACAAAAUUCCGGUUGCUGUGGCACGACGUCAGAUGCAGAAUGCUUUAAAGCGCGGAGUCACUUAUGGCAUUUUGAAGAAGACCGAUGGUCAGUAUAGUCUGCCGACCGACAAUGAGAUCACACGGCAGGAGGUAGCUGCUCAGGAGAUCGGUAUGCUGGAUUUGUACUGCCAGCGAAAGAUUCAUCGAUCGAGAGGUGCCAGAACACAACGUAAUAGAAGAACUGGGCGCAGUCGAAGGGUCGCCUGCAGGUGCAGUAAGAAAGGUGUACGACGAAGGUCACGAGAGUGCGGGUCAAGGUCUUGCAGGAGGAGAAGAGGUGGAAGCAUAAGCUUUGGCAGACGCGUUCACGAUGGGACGAAGCCUAAGAUCGAACCUAUUCUGGACGUCGACAAAUUGACUGAUAAGUCAACUAAAUCGAAUCCGACUAUGACAGGGGCCAGCAUGAUUGACGAUGUUGAACGAAGCAAUAGCUCAAAUAUACCUUCCGAACAAUGGGAUGGCAGUAUAUCGUUAUCAUGUUAAUUAUAAUGGAGAGAUAUUUGAGUGACAAUCAUUGGGAUUCCUAAAUGUUGUGAUACAAUU